AAAUUCAAAAAAGAUGUGUAACACGAUUAGGUAAAUGUCGAGUAAAAAUAAAAAAUAAGAAAAACAUGUGAUUUAACUUGCAGUAUUAAUUGUUUGGCGUAUUUCGAAGCCGAAGUAGAAGAAGAAGAUGAUAUGAUACGAUACGAUAUGCUUGGAGAAGAAGAAGAGGAGGAGCAAAGUUAAAGCCCAAACUCUUUUUGUUUUUUUUCUCUUCAGCUAAAAUCCACUCUCUCACACACUUCACAUUAAUCUCAUCCCAAUUGCUAAGGACUGAGAAAUAGCAUGGCAACACAAUCACCACCUCCUACUCUUCCCUCUCCCACCGCCACCGACGAAAACCAAGGAGGUGAAAUUAUCCAACCGACAAACAUGGAUCAACAAAAUGCCGGAGACGAGCCUGUUAAACCCAGUUCACCUACAUCAGUCUUUGUGAACUCACAACCAUUGCGGGAGGAACAAGUUCAGAAUGCUGUGAAAUUUCUAUCACACCCAAAAGUCAAAGGCUCACCCGUCAUGUACAGGCGGUCAUUUUUGGAGAAAAAAGGCCUUACAAAGGAGGAGAUUGAUGAAGCCUUUCGGCGUGUGCCUGAUUCAGCUCCAACUGUGCAGACAGCUGGUGUAAAUCAAGAUGGGCAGUUGCAGUCAUCAUCAAAUACUCAGCAACAAGCCCAACAGCAAACUUUGCAGCCGGCUUUACCUGCUUCUGCCGGGGUUAAUACUUCAUCAGGAAUCUUAUCGCGAACCAGAUUUCACUGGUCCCAUGCCCUUGUUGUAGUUGGAUUACUGUCUGCUUCAGGGGCUGGAACAGUUUUAAUAAUUAAGAAUUCCCUACUUCCUCGGUUAAAAGCUUGGAUACGCAAGGUUGUCUUAGAUGAAGAUGAUGAACAGUCAAAGAAAACUAGCAACAAACCAACUUUGGCUGAAGAAGCUGCUCAAGCUGCAAAAUCAGCUGCAGCUGCAGCUGCUGAUGUGGCAAAAGCAAGCCAAGAAAUGUUGGCUUCAAAGGGUGAAGAGAGGAAAUACUUUGUGGAAGUUGUGAGUCUUUUAGAUAAGCAAAUACAAGAAAUGAAGUUAAUGACAAAUGCAAUAAGAAGAUUGGAAGGGCAAGAAGAUCUCCGAGUCAGUCAAACAAGUUCAAAGAGAUUGAUUGCGAAUGGCAAGACGGACUAUGACUUGCGUUCAGGGAGAUCUUUAUCCCCGCCUGCACCUGUUGAACCAUCAGGUCCUCCUCAUCCAAAGUCAUAUAUGGAGAUAAUGGCCAUGGUCCAAAGAGGGGAGAAGCCUUCUAAUAUCAGAGACAUCAAUGAUUUACCCCCCAACCCUAGCCAACAGCCGUCAGAUCCUCGUAUAUUGCCCAAAUCAAAGCCUUGGGAGACUGGGCAGGUGCAGAACACAUCUAGCCAAUUGUUUCAGCCUCAAGCAAAUGGUGAAGAAUCAAAUAUCAAGGUCCAAGAUAUCACUCAAUCCAAUGGGGAUGACCCAAUGCCCUGGUGGCAGAAGAAAAAUGUCAGAAUCAGAGAGAUUGAAGAAAAUGAGUCUAGUGGAGCACCUUAUGGUACUGCAUCCAGUCAGCAGCCACUACAACGUGUGUGGGUUCCUCCUCAACCUCCACCGAUAGCUAUGGCAGAAGCUGCAGAAGCAAUCAGGCGGCCAAAACAGGCUGUCCAAAAGGAACAGGUGUCAGAGAAUCAGUCAGUAGCUCAAUCUUCUGACAUCUCUGGUGAGGUGAAUGGAAUCCCAAAACCGGCGGAAUCUGAAGGUGUAGAGAGAAGCAAUGGCAGCUCAAUUAUCAGCUCUAGUGAGAUACAAGUCUUACAAGAAGACCAUGAAGCCAAAUAUGAAGAGCAGUGAAGGUGAAUUAUUAUCUAUCAUGAAUACACAUGAAGUUGGAAAUAGAGCUUGAAGUAGUCCCAAAUUCUGGAUAAACUGAAUACAGUUUUUGUUUCAUAAACUCGACAUCAAUACAAGAUGCAAAUGCGGGUCUCUUUUUUAUGAAAGAAUAUGGUACUAGAAGUAUGCACUAUUAUAGGUUUUAUGUUAACUUUUACAGUUAUCACUAUCAGUACUAGCACCUGUGUGGAAUGCAAUUAGAUUAUCGCAUACUCAUAUUUUAAAUUUAAAAUAUGUAAUUAAACAUCUAUAGAAUAUGAAUAAUGCACAUCACGAUCGGGAACUUAACUCGGGACUUA